GCGGAAAUGCGCUUGCGCGGGGUGGGCGGCAACAUGGCGUCCCGGCACAAGCGGCGGGCGCUGGGGACUGAGGUUCCGCGGCCGCCGGGCGCCCCUGCCCAGGGCAACGACGAUGAGGAGGACCAUGAAACUGAGGAUGAGGACGAAGACGAGGAAGACAGUGGCGAGGAAGAAGAAGAGGACGACGAGAUGACUGAUGAGGAAGUGAAUAUUGAAUUUGAAGCUUAUUCCAUCUCAGACAGUGAUUAUGACGGAAUUAAGAAAUUACUGCAGCAGCUUUUUUUAAAGGCUCCUGUGAACAUUGCGGAACUAACAGAAAUCUUAAUACAGCAGAACCAUGUUGGAAGUGUGAUUAAGCAAACAGAUGUUUCAGAAGACAGCGAUGAUGAUGUGGAUGAAGAUGAGAUUUUUGGUUUCAUAAGCCUUUUAAAUUUAACUGAAAGAAAGGGUACCCAGUGUGCUGAACAAAUUAAAGAGUUGAUUCUAAGCUUCUGUGAGAAGAACUGUGACAGGAGCAUGGUUGAACAGCUGGACAAGCUACUAAAUGACACCACCAAGCCUGUGGGCUUUCUGCUGAGUGAGAGAUUCAUUAACGUCCCUCCACAGAUCGCCCUGCCCAUGCACCAGCAGCUUCAGAAAGAACUAGCAGAGGCCCACAAAACCAACAAGCCGUGUGGGAAGUGCUGCUUUUACCUUCUGAUUAGUAAGACAUUUGUGGAAGCUGGAAGAAGCAGUUCCAAAAAGAAACAGAGCAGCCAAAAGAAAGAUGAGCUGAUGUUUGCAAAUGCAGAGGAAGAAUUUUUCUAUGAGAAGGCAGUCCUGACGUUCAGCUACUCAGUACAGGAGGAGAGCGACACUUGUCUGGGCGGCAAAUGGUCUUUUGAUGAUGCACCAAUGAAGCCCUUGCGAACCGUGAUGUUAAUUCCAGGUGACAAGAUGGAGGAAAUCAUGGAUGAGCUGAAAAAACAUCUGUCCAUCUAGCCUACUUCCCAGGGACAGUGAUGGGCUUUUGUAAAAUUACCAGAAAACUCAGUAGACCGAUUUACUGAAAAACUCAUGACUUUAUUCAGAUUAAGAUCCUCUACAAAAAGUAGGGUUCUGUCCCACAUGUCUGUUCACAUUUAUAAAAUAUCUUUUUUGAAAUUUUGGUCAAAUUAUGAAUGGUUGAUUUAAAAUUUUUCCAAUAAGAAAAAAAUGGAGUAGUAAUUUAAAGAACUCAAUAAAAACUAUUUUUUAUUUUAAAA